AUGUCCAAAAAAGGGGAUUUCGGUAGACAGAGCAUGAUUGUGUACCCGGUGGAUCCUACUGAAUGCCCUUUCCGGGAAUUCCGGGAUAAUGAAUUAUCUGCUGAUUCUUGGGGGAUGGGCCCAGCAGCGUUCCGCGCAAGCCACGUGCUAUCCAAAGUCACCAAACCACACGCAGACCAGGCCUGGGUGGAUGACCAGACCCAGCCGCUGCCACGCUCUGUGAGACAGUACCUCCAUGGAUGGAUGAGGGCAGAGGACCUUGCUCUUAGUCGGUGGGAGGCGGAAGUUGUUGUUUUUGAGGACACAAACGACGCAGGUAAGAUGACCGUGGCAGAUAUUCAGCUGAGCCACGCGCAGGUACUCCUCCGGUCCUCCUUUUGCAGGAGCGUCCUCUCCAUGUGCUAUAUCUUGGAGAGGGUGGAUAGUGUUGUUGUGGAGCAUCAAUGGGAGAACUUCACAUUCAGCAUUGGUCCAGAAGGUUGGAGGGCGAGGUACCACAUCUACUCUCCCGGUUUGAAGCCCGGCGGAGGCGCACAGCACAGACCUGGAUUGUCGAAGAAUGGCUGUUACCUCGUCCGUCUAUUCUACCUGGGUGCAUGGAGAUGCGUCUGGGUCAGCGAUCUGGUGCCCAUAGACGCGACGGACGCCCCCCUCCUCCCCUUCUCUCCCCUACUUACCCACGCUCCUGUAAAACCUGGGAUGAAACAGGCACCAGCUACCGUCACUUCGCAGGUGGUUCAUCUGUGGCCGCUGUUGAUUUGUAAGGCGCUUCUUAAGUUGGCCGCGCCCGACAUGAAUGCCGACGAAGGAACAGAUUUUGAAGAUGAAUUGAUGCCAGAGUUUGAUAUAUUGCACGCCCUCACUGGCGCUAUGAACUUAUCUUAUAAAAAGAAGGAUCCAGAGGAACUAUGGGAACUUCUGACCUCCGAGGUGCCUGUGUUCUCGUGGGAUGAUGACAGUGAAACCAUGACUAGCACUAUUAAAUCUAAAAGCACAAAAAAACCGACCACGAAGGAAACUUCAAAUGUUAGACGAGGGUCACUCACAGCCAUUCUGAUUUUUGAGACCAAGGGUUUCCCACCGUACUACCUGCCCGGGAUCACACCUGGGCAUGAGAUGAAUCUGCUCCUGACGAUGGCCAGGGAUCUGCCGUUGAAGAAACCACUACCAGAACCAGAGGUACCUCUAUGGAAAACAUAUCGUUGGGUUGACUGGGCGCGACGUCACGGCUUGUACGAGGCCUUCGACUGUCCCAGGACGAGGUUCCUCAAAGUCAACGGUCUGCUGAAGUCCUCUUACGCACCGCAUUUGCUAGACGUUCAGAGCACUGAGUCGAUAACCUUUCAAUUUCGAGAAGAACAUGACAGGACUAAUCCACCAGCUAGAAAAGGAGGCAAAGAUGCGAAUCGGUCGGGAACAACUGGUCUUGGUUCUAACCAACAGAUGAAGGAAGAACUACGAGAAUGGAUUCAGUUUGAUGCGAUUCAACAACUGAUCAAAAGAGUGACAAUCCUCUUUUUCCCAUCGAUGUAUGAAUUCACAUCAACAGCGAGUAACCCGCCAAUCAGAAUCACGAAGACACCUUUGAGCCGCGCUUUAGAUAUCCCUGCACCAAAAUCUGGCCCUCUAUACCUCCAAAUAGAUGGUCCAGAUGAAAACGUAUUGAGAAUCUCGCUAAAUAUGCUACACCCACGAGUGCUGAUGAAUUGUGGUGUUCCAAUAGUUGAUUAUAUCGAACCGGCGUAUCUAUUCCUGGAGGUGUUUGAGUGGUUCGUGGAUUGCGAACUGCCGAUGGGAAAGGCGUAUAUAGCGACCAGGGGAUAUGACUCCGUGGAGGUGAAGUUUGUGCCCGGGAGACAUUUUUGCAGGAUAUGGGUGCACUCCCGAAUGAAUUGGACGGCUAUGUUGCUAAGCGAAUCCACGUUGUUACUUGGCGGCCGGGACAUUAUCCAAUCCGUCGCGGUCAGGGACUGCCCCUGGGCGUCCAGAUACCUAACCAAUCUUAGCCUGGCCUUCUCUAAUUGGAUACGCGUGACCCGGUCUAGUGCUAAUUUGGCGAUGAACGACAGAGAUUUCUAUAAUUCAUAUCAACCUGAUCUGAUAUGGGAUGAAAAGGUCGUUGGCUACAACAAGAAACUUUUGCAUUGGAUGUUCCGUCAGGCACUACAGUCUCUACUUGCCAAGCGGCUUUUGCCACUCGAGUUUCGAUCUACGUGCACUGUUUUAAGGCGGUUUUUGCAUGACCCCGAUUUCGGUUUUCCUCCAAAACCACCGCCACCGACGUCGUUACGAGAUAUAGCUAUAAUGGAUCCUUGUGAUUGCGUAUUACCUGAAGCUGAGGAAAUUGAAUUUUUUGGUGAACAAUUAGAAGAGCAACAGGUGGAAGAAAAACCAGUAGUUGACAAAGAAACGAUGGACAAACUUCUUUCACCACCAAAAUUUCCAGUCACUUCUAAUGUUUGUGAACUGGCAACCGAGGAAGUACCUUGUGGAGCUCUUAAAGAAGAAAGAGAGAAGGUUCUAAAGAAGCAUGAUGCUGCAAGGGUUAUACAAGCGCAUUGGAGAGGCGCCUGGGCUAGGAAGUGUCUUACUAUGAAUGUUGUUGUAUCUCCUGAUGUUACUAAAAUACUAAUGGAUCAAGCGUUCGGCAACGUGGAAUCUCUAUCAAUGCUCAUGAACAAAUUCUUUGCGAUGUACCCAGGAGCGCGUUAUGCUUACUCUGUCGCCUCUGCUCUCAGCGGAGUAUACGGCUUACAGCAGCACAGUGGAACCGCACCAGUUACUCCUAAGUGCAAAUGGGUUCCGUACUUCCAAGGAGUAUUUUACUGCCAUGCUUCGGUCAAAGUCCACUUUGAUGUUCAGAGUUCGCUGCAGUAUAGUACGUUUUCUGUGUAUGAUAAUGAUAGUGGAGAGAUGAUGCCGCAAGCUUAUAACGCACAUGUCACGUUUGAUUUUCAUCCGAAUGAGCAUGGCUACACAAUAAUGGGUCACGGAACCCUAACUGAAGCACCCGGCACUUAUUCAGACGCUCACUGGCAGCUCACAGUACUAUCAUCUAUAGCGGAUGUCUUCCACGUGUGUGACAAUGAAGACACUUGUCGAGAAGUACCUUUACCACCAGCAAGCAAGUUGCAUAUAGAUGAGAUAUUCAUUCCGAACCGAAGGAACAUUCUAGGCGGUGUGCAGAUCUCUGUGUCGAAACAUGAGGCUAUCAGCUUUAGAGCAGCAGCUACUUCUCCUGAGUUAGAAAUGGAAGCGAUACUCCGUACAAAAACACACGAGGGAGAAGUGGAGGAGCUGGGAAGAUGUUCAGGGACAGGGGAGUUGUACUGGCCAUACAUACGGUUGGAACCGACUCCGCCGAUGCUACUGUAUCCAGGAAAAAAGAAGUCUACGUCACACUCCAACUUGCAUGCUGUAAGUAAAUCAGCUAUAUCCAGUGCUCGUUCCUUAAAAGUCACCAAGCAAGCGAAGCCGCCUGUGUCAGGAGCGAAAAGUAAAUCUUCUACAAGGAUUAGAGACAUCAAAGUGCAUCAGGAGUCGAAACAGUAUUGUAUUGAAGUUAUAGCACCCAAAGGUUGGCCAUUGACCUUACAGCAAUGGAAUAGAGUUGAUGAGGUCCGCAAUUCUCAAGAAACGGCCAAAGUUGAACAGUCGCCGAAGAAACCAACAAAGGAAAAGGGUGGGUCAGCGAAAGAAAAAGAGAAGCCAGCACCGCUACCAUUGCACCAACCACAACCUGGUGAUGCCUUCGUUGAACUGGAAUGUUCUCUAUCUAUCGGAGGCGGUUCUGUUGCCAGGCGUGAUGAUGAUAGGGAUCUGGAGUUUGCAGCAGCAAGGAAAGCGUGGGAUGCUAAGGAUGCGGGCAGAAAUUUGAGAGGAGCGCAGAUUAGGAAGGAGUUCAGAGCGGAAUUUUUAGAAGCCAUACCCGUGCCACCCACAGAAAGUGACAGCUCUGUAUUAGAGGAAGCUGCAUAUCUGGAAGAAGUGGAAGGGGAAGAGAAAAAAAUUGAAAAUCCGCAGCAGCAAGGACCUACUCCAGCAACACAGAGUGGUGUGGAGUUGGAAGCAGAAGAAGAGAGUGAAGAAGAAUAUACAUAUUUGUCAAUGCCUGAACAACUAAAGGACAAAUUUGUUCCCCUCAAUUUUGUACCGCUUUGUACUAAAGAGAAAAUCGACGAAGAAAGCAUCCUCAUAACACCGGAAUUAGCAGAGACAGCCAAAGCAGAGCGGCAAGCCUGUAUAGAUUCGGCGUUGGAGCGCAUGCGCGAACUGCAGUAUUAUAACGAACUAUACGUGUUGGGGAGACAGAGGAAGAGAGGGCAGUUGCUGGAAAGACUGUUUGUUGAUUCACAAUGGAACCCCGAGUUAGCAGAAGUUUUGGAAGAAAGAGAUGACGCGAUUGCACAAGAGAAUCUCAAUCGAACUCUUUCUGCAAAUAAGAAGAAACAAGAAGCAAAGAAGAAGUGA